ACGGACCCCGCCAUCGUCCUCCCCAAGCACAUCCUGGACAUUUGGGUCAUCGUCCUCAUCAUCCUGGCCACCAUCCUCGUCAUGACAGCCCUGGUGCUCUGCCCGGCCACAGCGGUCAUCAUCUACCGGGUACGGACUCAUCCCACGCGCAACGGCAUCGUCUGA